GGAACACGCGCAGAAGCUUUCCCUGGCCUCAGGACCACAUUUCCCACAAGUCCAGGAAAAGCUCUGGGUCUUUCUGCAUAGGCCUGCGGCUGUGGACACAUAGGAACUACAGCUGGUACCUUGGAGAGCAGCCGGAAGGAAGAAUCUCUGGAGAUUUCAGUUCUCUGCAUCCAUUCUCUCUUAGGCACUUAGCAGCCUGCCCCUCCUUGAUCUGCCUUCUGAGAACUCUGUUGUUUUCUAAAAGGAGAAGGAAAUGGUCCCUAUCGGCCCCCCAACCAGCUUUCAGGAGUCAGUGACGUUCAAGGAUGUGGCUGUGGAAUUCACCCGGGAGGAGUGGAGGCAACUGGACCCUGCUCAGAGGAGCUUGUUCAAGGAUGUGAUGUUGGAGAACUACAGGAACCUGGUCUCCCUGGGACUGGCUGUUAACAAACCAGGUGUUAUCUCCCAUUUGGAAAGAGGAGGAGCACCGUGGAUUCCAGAGAGAGCUGUCUCAGGAGGCACCUUUCCAGAGUGCCUUAAUCUGGAGAUUAGCUGUGAAACAACAGAGGCAAUUCCAAAGCUGGACAUUUUUGUGAAAGAGUCAUCCAAUGAAAGAAUCAAGUUAGUAGAAGCCUGGCAGCGUGCUGUUAGAUUAGAGCAGCAAAAGGACAACCAUGAGAAACAGUACCAGCCAGUGACAGUCACCCACAGGAAAACAUCUACUACGUCUAUUGCCAAUGAACGUAAUACAUUAGAGAAAGAAUUCCAUGUGGGGUCAAGCUCAUUUCCAAAACGAAGGAUUCGUACAAAGAAAAGUCGACAUAAACAUGAUAAACGUGGAAAGAACUUUACACAUUUUUCAGAUGAAAGUAAACAAGAUAGAAUCUUUUCUAAGAAGAAACUCUGCAACUAUAAUAAAUGCAGUAAGUCAUUCCAUUACCAUUCACACCUUAUGCAACAUUACAGAAAAUAUACUGAAGAAAAAGCAUAUGAGCAUGGGAAAAUCUUCAGCAACACUUCAUCUCUUACAAACUGUCUGACAAUUCAUGCUACAGAGAAAUUUUUUCAGUGUACUGAAUGUGGAAAAGCCUUCAGCUGCAAAUCUAGUCAUAUUCUAUAUCAGCGAAUUCAUUCUGGAGAGGAAUCCUUUGCAUGUAAUGAAUGUGUGAAAUCUUGUAGAAGGAGUAUAUCCCUUACUAAACCUAAAAGACUUCAUAUUGAAGAGAAACGCUUUGAAUGCAGUGAAUGUGGAAAAUCCUUCCGUCAUUGCAGAAACCUUGACAAACAUAAGAGAAUUCAUACUGGAGAGAAAACCUUUGAAAGUACUGAGCGUGGAAAAUACUUUAAUCAUUGUAGAAACCUUGACAAACACAAAAGAGUUAAUACUGGAAAGAAACCCUUUGAAUGUAGUGAAUGUGGGAAAUUCUUCAGUCAUUACAGAAGCCUUCACAGACACAAGAAAAUUCAUACUAGAGAGAAAACCUUUGAAUGCAUUGAGUGUGGAAAAUACUUUAGUCAUUGUAGAAACCUGGAUAGGCAUAAAAGAAUUCAUACUGGAGAGAAACCUUUUAAAUGUAGUGAAUGUGAGAAAUCCUUUAGCUAUAGGACCCUGCUUACUCAUCAUUAUAGAAUUCAUACUGGGGAGAAACCCUUUAAAUGUAAUGAAUGUGGGAGAUCCUUUAGAGGGCGUGGACACCUUAAUAGACAUAAAGUAAUUCAUACUGGAGAGAAAUCCUUUGAAUGUGAUGAAUGUGGGGAAUCCUUCAGAAGGAGUGAAUCCCUUAAUAAUCAUAAGAGAAUUCAUACUGGAGAAAAACCCUUUAAAUGUAAUGAAUGUGGAGAAUCCUUUAGAAGGAAUGAAUACCUUACAAAACAUAAUAGAAUUCAUACUGGAGAGAAACCCUUUAAAUGUAAAGAUUGUGGAAGAUACUUUAGAAGAAGUGAAUCCCUAACUAAACAUAAGAGAAUUCAUACUGGAGAGAAACCUUUUAAAUGUGAUGACUGUGGGAAAUACUUUAGAAGGAGUGACUCUCUUACUACACAUAAAAGAAUUCAUACUGGAGAGAAACCUUUUAAAUGUAACGAAUGUGGGAAGUGCUUUAAACAAUAUGGAAACCUUAGCAGCCAUAAGAGAAUUCAUAGUGGCGAGAAGCCCUUUGAAUGCAGUGAAUGUGGAAAGUCUUUUCGUCAGUGUGGAGACCUUACUAAACAUAAAAGAUUUCAUACUGAAGAGAAGUCGUUUAAAUGUAGUGAAUGUGAGAAGUCUUUUCACCACUGUGAAGAGCUUGAUGGACAUAAGAGAAUACACACUGGAGAAAAACUUUUUGAAUGCAAUGAAUGUGGGAAAACCUUUAGAAGAAUUGUAUCCCUUACUAGACAUAUGAGAAUUCAUACAGGAUAGAAACUUUUUGAAUGUGAUGAUUGUAGGGAAAUCUUAUAAAGUAAUGUCUCUGAUAAAGAUCUGAUAUAAGA